AAACUGGGGGCGGCGUCAUGUCAUCGUGAUAUUUGGAAAAUCCGUCGCCCGUGGUUGUGUUGUGCUGUGGUAUAUUAUCCUCUAUUACGAAACGACCUAACCCUAAACCCUUCGUUUUCCCGUCUGGUCGCAGCUGAAGGAGGAGGAUCCGGAACACAGUACCCAAGCACCAGCUCUUUCACUGCUCUCGCUAUCGCUCAUCACUUCCUCGCUGCAGUCUACUUCAUCACUCUCCCAACUUUUGAUGCUUUCUUUAUGAUAGAUGACAAGCGCUCGGACAAAUAUGAGCAUUGCAAUCAUACGUAGGGAUAUAGAGAGGGAAUGGGAGAAUCAUUGUGGAGUUAUGGGUAUUAUUUUUUUAAAUGGAGAUUCUUGCUCACUCUCAGAAGAGCUAUGCACUGCUAAAAUUCUGGAGAGGAUGAGGAGAUACAAAAUUUAUUUCAAUAUUAGAUUACCUUUGGAGCUUCUUGGAGCAAAUGAGCAAUGGAGUUGUGGAGCAGGGCUCACAUCGAGGAUUGCUCUCUUGGUUUGCUUCAUUGUUUUUGGUUCUGCUUUAUUUUGGGAGUAAAGUUGUUGGUGCUGAUGGCAAUUGGAUAUGGUGGUAGAUGGUGUUUCUUUCCUUUUGAUGAUUAGUUGUUAAGAUGUAUGAUGUUAUGACAUAACAUAUGCAGGGAUAACCGUUGCUUAGAGUAAUUUGUUGCCUCAAAGAUGAGUAGUCGUUUUUCUCGCACAAUAUAUGUUGGAAACUUGCCCUCAGACAUUAAAGAAUAUGAAAUCGAAGAUUUGUUCUACAAGUAUGGUCGGAUUCUGGAUAUUGAAUUGAAGAUUCCACCCCGUCCUCCAUGUUAUUGUUUUGUGGAGUUUGAGAGUGUUAGGGACGCCGAGGAUGCAAUCCGAGCUCGUGAUGGAUAUAAUUUUGAUGGUUGCCGGUUAAGGGUUGAGCUUGCACAUGGUGGUAGAGGUCCGUCAUCAAGUGAUCGUCGUAGUAGCUAUGGCGGUGGCGGCGGCGGUGGCGGUGGAGGAGGAGGAGGAGGAGGAGGAGGAGGAGGAGGACGUUUUGGUGUCUCAAAACGAUCAGAAUAUCGAGUUAUUGUACGCGGACUCCCAUCUUCUGCUUCUUGGCAGGAUUUGAAGGAUCAUAUGCGCAAGGCUGGUGAUGUGUGUUUUGCUGAAGUUUCUCGUGACAAUGAAGGGACGUUUGGGAUUGUUGAUUAUACUAACUAUGAUGACAUGAAAUAUGCUAUUCGAAAACUUGAUGAUACUGAAUUCAAAAAUCCUUGGGCAAGAGCAUACAUUCGGGUGAAGAAGUAUGAUGGAAGUCCCACUAGGAGCCGGAGCAGGAGCAGGAGCAGGAGCAGGAGCAGAAGUCGUAGUCAAAGCCGAAGCCGAAGUGCUAGACGAAAUAGGAGCAAAUCAGUAGAGCGAUCUGUUUCUAGAUCAGUUUCAAGGUCAAGAUCUCCAUCCCCCGUUAAAUCUUCUAGACCACGUUCAAAAUCAAGGUCUGGAUCACCACGUGAGGGGCGGGAAGGUAGCGAAUGACGAGCAGCUAUGACUGUAUGAAAUGGUGGUUAUAAUACUGAGGAUUUAUGCUGUAUUGCUUGGCUUUUAUUUAAGCUUAGGACUUAUGCUGACUGGUUAUGAGGAGUUGAGUUAGCUGGAUAAUGUCAUGAGAUGUAUGAAUAUCUUUAAAACCUGUUGCCGUUCCAUCAUUUCUACUUGUGGAGAUUUUUGGGUAUUUGAAUGUCUUAAGUUACUUCCACAUUGUGAUUUCCUAUUAACUGUUGAGGAUUUUCUAACUGCAAAA